AUGGCGGCGCCCAGCGCCAGGGGGGCCGGGGGGGGCCGGGGAAAGCCUCCCGCCGUCACCCCCCAGCAGAUCCGCGACCUCAUCGACGGCGGCAUCGCCCCCGAAGGAGCUGGCCCUGAUGGGAAGGACACAUCCAACUGGUCAGAGUCAGCUAAUGGAGCUUCUCGAAUGGAUGCUUUUGCCUUGGAGUCUGCCAGCAAGGAGGCCUAUUUCAGCAGGGUAGAAACAUUCACCCCUCUGAAGUGGGCAGGCAAACCCCACGAGCUGUCUCCCCUGGUUUGUGCCAAGUAUGGCUGGAUCAACGUGGAGUGUGACAUGCUGAAGUGCUCCAGCUGCCAGGCCUUCCUCUGCAUGAGCCUGCAGCUCGCCUUUGACGUCAACAAAUAUAAGGAGCGCUGCCUGGAGCUGAAGAAGGCCUUGUGCACUGCUCAUGAGAAGUUCUGCUUCUGGCCGGACAGCCCCUGCCCAGAUCGUUUUGCCAUGGUGCUGGUGGAUGAACCCAGAGCCCUUCUCCAGGACUUCCUGGACCGCUUUCAGAGCCUGUGUCAGCUGGAGCUGCAGCUGCCCUCCCUCAGACCAGAAGACAUGAAAAACAUGGCCUUGACAGAGGAGAGGAUCACUCUGCUCCUCCAGUUAAUUGGGGAGGAACUAAAGCACAAAAGAGAGGAAGAGAAACCACCCAUCAAGUCUGCCACAGAUAUCCUGCAAGUGCAUGUUCCUGCCUGUAUCCUGGCUCUGUGUGGCUGGACUUGCAGUGCUCCAUCUGGGUCCCUGCACCUCUCAGUCAUCACCUGCUCCCGCUGCAUGAGGAAGGUGGGACUUUGGGGCUUCCACCAGCUGGAAUCUGCAGGGCAGGAGCUGGACUCCUGUAGCCCAAGCAACACAUCACCAACUUCCACCGAGCGCUUCCUGCUCCUGCCCACAUCUCCAAGGAGAAUGCUCACACGGAGCCAAGAUGUGCUUCCUCCAGGCUCUGAGCAGCAUGAGAAGAGCCCAUCCCCAGCAACCUCUCGCCCACGGGGUUGGGAUUCUCCCAUCCCCACGGACCGGAGUGAGGCGGAGGUGGCCAGCCCCGCCCUGAGGAGCCGCCCCAUCACCCGCAGCAUGGGGCAGGGGGAGAACGUGGAGGUGCCCUCCAGUCCUCUGCGCAAGGCCAAGCGGGCACGGCUCUGCUCUUCCAGCAGCUCGGACUCCUCUUUGAGGAGCUUCUUCAACCCUAGCUCUCAACAUCGUGACUGGUGUCCUUGGGUCAACACAGUGGAAGGAGGCGAAGUCCUGGAGGAUGCAUCAAACCAGAUGGAGAAGGAGCUUGAGAAGGCAGAACCAGGCUGGAGAGUAGUGCUGAACACCCUCCUUGCCACCAGAAAGUGUGACAAAGUGCCCGAGACGGAGCCUGUGAGCCUCUCGGUGAAGUCCUGCAAGGUGUUCCGCAUUUUCCGGCAGUGGGAGAGCAUGAAUUCCUCCUGACCAGGCUGCUGCCUCCAGGAACUGCUGCCUGGCUUGUGGCAUGGGGCAUCCUGCUGGUCUGGUAGAGAUCUGUUUCUUCUGCAGCAGCUCCAUGCCCUGGGAAGGGGAUGCUGAGGAGGUUCUAUACCCCCUGCCCCCCAGCAGCUGCUGGGACCUCCCUUUUUCCUCAUCUGCCUUCCUUCAACCCCCUGCCUUCAUAAAUUGCUGCUCUAGCCCUUGGCCCUGUCCUGGAGCUGAGAUGUGCUGCUGGUGCACAGGGCCAGUGAGGA